GCAGGCUAUGGAUCAUUUUAAUGCUCCUGGGAGUGAUGAUUUCUGUUUUCUCCUAUCAACUCGGGCAGGUGGCCUUGGGAUUAAUCUUGCUACAGCAGAUACUGUUAUUAUAUUUGAUUCUGACUGGAAUCCACAAAAUGACUUGCAGGCAAUGAGUAGAGCUCAUCGAAUUGGGCAACAAGAGGUUGUCAAUAUUUAUAGAUUUGUUACAAGCAAAAGUGUCGUGAGGAAGACAUCUUGGAGCGUGCCAAGAGAAAGAUGGUUCUUGACCAUCUGGUAAUCCAAAAACUGAAUGCGGAGGG